AUGGUCGGGAUGCGAUUCGGUUCGACGGAGUUUCGACAAAAGUACGACUUCGUCGCGCAGUUGACGCCCGAGGACGGGGCGAAGAUUUGCCGCCAGGUGAGCUUUUAUUUCAGCGACUCCAACAUCGGGCGAGACGACUAUCUGCUUCGCGAAGUGGUCAAAUCAAAGCGCGAGGGACACGAUGGAGCGGUGGAAUUGGCGACGAUCGCGCGGUUUCAGAAGAUGCGAGAGUUGCUUGCGCCGUAUGGUGGGUACGACAAUUUCUCGGCGAUGAUGCCAAAGGUGGCCGAAGCGCUCUCGCAGUCAGACAUCGUGGAGGCGUGCGAAAACGGAACGCGGGUGAAGAGAAAAUCUUUGACGAUCGAUGGGAAGGAGCCCGAUUUUUCUACGGAUGAAGGCAUGCUUCAAUACCGUCAAGCGAUGAUGGUUGAGCUCGAUAAGCGAUACGUUUUUGCGAGCCCGUUCUCGAGGCACGCGACGAUGGAUUCGAUCCGAGCCUUCUUCGACGGCGUCGGCCAAGUCAAAUCGAUUCGCCUGCGACGACACACGGCUAGUAAAGAUUUCCGUGGAAGCGUUUUCGUCGAGUUCGCGACGGAGGAAGAGGCGAGACACGUCGCCGCGCGCACUGAUUUGGUGCACGAGGGCGCGAAAAUUGAGCUCGCGAUGAAGUCUGAUUACCUCGAGAAGAAGAAGGCGGAGUCGCUCUUACAAAAGGAGAAGCGCCGGCAAGAAGCCAUAGCGCGGGGCCAGGAUCCGGAGAAUAUCCCGCCCGAACCCGAACCUGUUUACGUGGGCAAAGUUCCUGAAGGCUUCGUUCCCGGCCGAGGCGGCGGACGAGGCGGCGGACGAGGCGGUGGACGAGGCGGCGGACGAGGCGGCGGACGAGGCGGCGGACGAGGCGGCGGACGAGGCGGCGAUCGAGGUGGCGAUUUCGGUCACGAUGGUCCCGGUCGGGGUCCUGGAUUCGGGUACGGUGGUCCGGAUCGCGGUGCGCCUCGCUUCGGAUUCGGCGCUCCCGGUCCCCAACGACCCGGCCCUCCACAGCGAUUCGGACGCCCAUACUGA